CAGCAAAUUGAGCAAAAGUACCAUAAUUUCUAAUUUCGAGUCAAUAGCGUCGAUCAUCAUGGCUCCUCGCUCGCAAUUGGAAAUCGUCACGGCAUCUGUCCUGCGCCUGGUCAAGGAAGAGGCGUCGUAUCACCGCGAGCUGCAGCAGCAGAAGGAGAGGAUCAAGAAGCUGGAGUCUCAGGAGAGCGAGGAAGAUGAAAACAGGGAGUAUACCCUUAAUCAAGAGCAUCGGGCUCUCGAAGAAACCAAAAAUGUCCUUCCGUCAUUGAAACAGAAGAUUGAAGACGCCAUAGCCAAGCUCAAUAGUCUCUUGGUCGAGGAGGGUAAGAAAGGUUCCGAGAGCAAUGUCGAGCAUAUCAAUGCUGCGAAGGACGCCAUUGCCAAAGCUAGGACGGCAGAGCGGGAGAUCGCCUGAGAAGCCGAGAGGGCCUAUUUCCUAUGUCUCUAGCACAUGUACUUAACCCCAUCAUGAGGAAAUAUUUAAUAAAUUGCCCCUGAAUAAAAGCAAAAAAUUGACGUG